AUGUCCAUCCAACAGACACCAACCUUGCUGCCGCCUCCCCCGGAUUCAACACUAACUCCCGCACAAUGGGCUAUCCUCUCCGCGAUAUGCAACACAGUCGUGCCAUCAAUCUCCCGCGUGGGAGGAAAUCGCCUCUUACAGCUCCCUGUUCGCCCACACGUCUACAACGCUUCCGUCAAGCGCGUGCAUGACCUUGCAGGGGAUGCGGCUUCUGGUGAGGAAGUCGCGGCUUACUUUGCCGAGAGCGCUWCAGCCGAGCCCGAAUUCCAGCAACACAUUUUCAGAUUCGUCGAGCAGUCGAUGAAUGAGACUUCGCGCGGUGGGUUGUUGUUUGUUCUAAAUGCAUUGAACACACGAGCUGGCGCUCUCCUCCUCACGGGCUACACAACAACCCUAGACGCCCUACCAAUCCGGGACCGGGAGCAGGUACUUCUCGGCUGGGCGACAUCUCGGAUCCCACUGUUGAGAUCGCUCAAUCGAAGUCUGACAGGUUUGGCACGUCUAUUCUGGUUGAGAAUAUCCCCAGCUCUCCCUGCCUUACUUUCCCACCCCAAAGUAGCUUUUAAUGCUUCCCCUCCAGGAGCCGGGUUUGAGUUCCGCUUCGUGCAGAUUCCUCCCGCCGCUCCUGCGGAGGUGGAGGUCAUCGAGACGGAUGUCGUUAUUGUAGGGAGCGGAUGUGGCGGCGCUGUCGUGGCCAAGACCUUGUCGGAAGCGGGAUUGAAAGUGUUGGUGGUGGAGAAAUCUUACUACUGGGCUCCCGAAUAUCUCCCCAUGAGUGAGGCGGAAGCACCGGUUCUUCUUUUUGGAAAUGGCGGCGGUCAUGCGAGUGAUGAUGCUAGUAUUACAGUCGUUCCGGGCCAGACGUGGGGAGGUGGUGGGACGGUGAACUGGAGCGCCUCGCUGCAGCCACAGGGCUAUGUGCGACGCGAGUGGGCUGAAAAGUUUGGCUUGGAACAUUUCGAAGGAGCCGCGUUCCAGGCGGACUUGGAUGCUGUUUGCGAUAGGAUGGGCGUGGGCUUGAAGAACGUGGAGCACAACAAAGCUAACACUGUGCUGAUGGAGGGUGCGAGGAAGUUGGGAUGGACUGCUAAACCUGUUCCGCAGAAUACUGGAGGGGAGGUCCACAAUGAUGGAUAUUGUACAAGAGGCUGUCGGACUUGUGCGAAGAAGGGACCUGUCGUGACUUUUCUUCCGGAUGCCGCCCGAGCCGGAGCCAACUUUAUGGAGGGUCUCGACGUGCAGGAGAUUAUGUUUGAUGCUGCGGAUAAGAAGACUGCGACGGGUGUGAGGGGUGUGUGGACGUCUCGGGAUGGCCAUGGUGGUGUUGCCGGGAGUGAUCGUCGCAAGCGGCAGGUGAUCAUCAAGGCGAAGAGGACCAUCAUCUCUGGAGGAUCGGUUUAUACGCCUUUGUUGUUGCAAAAGUCUGGUCUCCGGAAUAAGCAUAUCGGACGCCAUCUCCAUCUUCAUCCCGUGUCCUUCCUCGCAGCGGUGUGGGAUGAGGAUGUUCGACCUUGGGAGGGAGCCAUUCUCACAUCCGUGGUGAAUGAAUUCGAGAAUAUGGACAAUUCCGGAUAUGGAGCCAAGCUGGAAGUGACAACCAUGAUGCCAUCCUCUUUCCUCCCACUCUUCCCUUGGACGGGUGGGUUGGAGUUCAAGGAGUUUGCGAUUAAGAUGCGGAGAAUGACGGGCUACAUCUCUCUGGCUCGCGAUCGGUAUGGUGGAAGAGUGUAUCCGGACCCUCAGGACGGUUCCGCAAGGAUUGCGUACACUCCCAGCAACUACGACAAAGCCCACAUCCUCGCUGGAAUCAUCGGACUCGCAGAGAUUAUGUAUGUUGAAGGUGCGAGGGAGAUCCACGCYGCCAUUCCGGGGGUGGAGCCUUUUGUGCGACCCGCUUCAUCCCCUGCUUCGAACAUCAUCGUAACGGGUGUGGAUGCGCCUUCGAUCACGGACGUGGCUUUCAGACAGUGGGUUGACAAAUUGAAGAAGAGAGGAUUGCCAUCGCCGGACUGUGGAUUCUUCUCCGCGCACCAGAUGGGAACCUGUCGCAUGGGGACGUUAAAGUCCAAUUCGGCGGUGGAUUUCAAGGGGAGAAUCUGGGGUACCGACGGGUUGUAUGUUGCGGACACCAGUGUUUUCCCCAGUGCUAGUGGGGUGAAUCCUAUGAUCACUUGUAUGGGUAUUGCGAGGAAUAUUGCAAGGGGUAUUGUGGAUGAUGCUGGGUUGGGUCCGGGGGAGAGGGCGAGGCUGUAG